UUGGUGUUUAUCAGAAGGUCUGUGGCCCAGUUCUUAUAAAUUGGGAGAGGUGGAGCUGCUUGUUUGCAUGAACUUGUAGUGGUACAUCUAAGUUCUCAUACAAGCUUUUUCUUUCUCAAGGGUUCUUCCAUGGCUACAUCUUUCUCAGUGCCAUCCAUGAUCAUGGAGGAAGAAGGGAGAUUCGAAGCAGAAGUUGCAGAGGUGCAAGCAUGGUGGAACUCAGAGAGGUUCAAGCUAACCCGCCGGCCAUACACUGCGAGAGACGUGGUCUCCCUGCGGGGCAACCUCCGGCAAUCCUAUGGCUCGAACGAGCUUGCAAAAAAGCUAUGGAGGACUCUCAAGACCCACCAAGCCUCUGGGACCGCGUCGCGAACAUUCGGUGCACUCGACCCUGUCCAAGUGACCAUGAUGGCUAAGCACCUGGACACCAUUUAUGUCUCUGGCUGGCAAUGCUCGUCCACCCACACAUCGACCAACGAGCCAGGCCCUGACCUCGCAGACUAUCCUUACGACACUGUCCCGAACAAGGUCGAACACCUCUUCUUUGCCCAGCAGUACCAUGACAGGAAGCAAAGGGAAGCUAGAAUGAACAUGACCCGUGAAGAGCGGGCACGGACGCCUUAUGUGGACUACCUAAAACCGAUAAUUGCCGAUGGCGACACCGGCUUCGGUGGUGCAACUGCGACCGUUAAGCUCUGCAAGCUGUUCGUCGAACGUGGCGCAGCUGGGGUCCACAUUGAAGAUCAAUCCUCAGUCACUAAGAAAUGUGGCCACAUGGCUGGGAAAGUACUAGUUUCAGUGAGUGAACACAUCAACAGGCUUGUGGCUGCAAGAUUGCAGUUCGAUAUCAUGGGCGUGGAAACUGUCCUAGUGGCCCGAACGGAUGCGGUUGCAGCGAAUUUGAUCCAGACCAAUGUCGAUACUCGGGACCAUCAGUUCAUAUUGGGUGUGACAAAUCCGAAUCUCAAAGGUAGGAGCUUGGCAACUGUUAUGGCAGAAGCGAUGGCGAGUGGGAAGACAGGAGCUGAGCUCCAGGCGAUCGAGGAUAAUUGGUUGGCCAUGGCCCAGCUGAAAUCUUUCUCUGAUUGCGUCAGGGACGCGAUCAACAGCAUGAAUGUCCGCGAAGAAGAGAAGCGGCGGAGAUUGAAUGAGUGGACCAUCUAUUCGGGCUAUGAUAAGUGUCUUUCGAACGAGCAAGGGAGAGAAAUUGCAGAGAGGUUGGGUCUCAAAAACCUGUUCUGGGAUUGGGAUUUGCCCAGGACCAGAGAAGGUUUCUACAGGUUCCAAGGUUCUGUAAUGGCGGCUGUCGUGAGGGGACAGGCCUUUGCUCCUCACGCUGAUCUUAUAUGGAUGGAAACUGCGAGCCCCGACUUGGUUGAGUGUACUAAGUUCGCAGAAGGCGUGAAGUCUAUGCACCCCGAGAUCAUGUUGGCAUACAAUCUAUCGCCUUCUUUCAACUGGGACGCAUCCGGGAUGACCGACGAUCAGAUGAUGGACUUUAUCCCUCGGAUUGCAAGGCUGGGCUUCUGUUGGCAGUUCAUCACGCUGGCCGGAUUCCAUGCGGAUGCUCUGAUUGUCGACACUUUCGCUAAGGAUUUCGCACGAAGAGGUAUGCUGGCUUAUGUGGAGAGGAUUCAGAGGGAGGAGAGGAACAAUGGAGUUGACACUCUGGCCCACCAGAAGUGGUCAGGUGCAAAUUACUAUGAUAGAGUGCUCAAGACAGUGCAGGGUGGUAUCUCUUCAACUGCUGCAAUGGGCAAAGGAGUGACAGAGGAGCAGUUCAAGGAAACAUGGAGUGUACCAGGAGCCAUGGGCAUGAAUGUAGGUGGAAUUGUGGUGGCCAAGUCCAGAAUUUAGGAAACCAUGGUCUCAUGAGGAGUCUCCUACUUGGGGUAGGAGAGUUUUAUUAGUUUUCCAACAGUUCAUCUCAAUUAUAAUAAUUCUGUAAUAAUUCCAUGGGGAUUGGAAUUAUUAUUUUCUGCAUUAAUCCAUGAAUUGCUUAUCAGUACUUA